UUUUGUCGACUGUAUGUACAUACCGUGUUUCGGGUGGAGUGGCAGAGUUAUUGUUGCAAUCGUACAAGACAACUUUGAACACAGCAUACCUUUGGACCUCGAAAAUUGUAAACUACCAAAAGCCUACAUUUGGAGGUACUAUGGCACCUCGGUCUGCUUUGCUAGGCUGUGGAUUGCUUGUCAUUUUGCUGGCAGUGGUGUUCCCCCCUCUGGAUGCAGCAAGUCAGGCAAUAAACCAAGAGUUGUCAGAUCUCUUCAAUGAGCUCUGGAAGCUGGAUGUGAACCGCAUGAAGCCUGGAACUGACUAUACCAUCUCUGUGCAGGGUAAAGCUGGCUAUGUCUCUCAAGGCAGUAACCAUGCCAGGGACCAUGCCUCAUCGCCUCUAUUCUCCAAUGUCAAUGAGAACAAACUGAAGACCAUUACUACCUUCUCCCGCUUCAUGAAGCUCCUGGACAACUAUGAGAGGUCAACAGGCGUGGCAGAGCAUGUCAGCCGAGAGGAGGUCACAGAGAACAAUCUCUUCCUGGAUGCCGUUCUGAACACGGAGGUCAUGAAGCAUGCCCACAGGUAUCUGGUUAGCAAGGGCCACUCCCAAUCAGACCUGAGGACGUUCAAGCGUCAGCUGUACACCAUCUGGUUCGACCUCUACUACAGAAGUGGAAGUAAGGACUCGUGCGGAUUUGAGCAUGUGUUUGUUGGAGAGACUAAAUUCGGAAAUGAGAUUGCUGGUUUCCAUAACUGGGUCCAGUUCUACCUGCAGGAGAAGAGCAGGAAUUUGGACUACAAGGGAUACAAAGCCAGGGACCAUGACAUACCUGACCAAGACGACCACGUCCUGAACCUCCAGUUCAGCUGGCACGGUUUGGUGAAGCCGGUGGGCAGUGCCUUCGUGGGGGCCAGUCCGGAGUUUGAGAUGGCCCUCUACACCAUCAUCUUCCUCAUCAACACACAUCGGAGCACCACAGUGGUGGUCAACAUUGACGAAUGUCAGCUGGAGGUGGUGGUGGUCAGGCACGGGCGCUCCAUUGGGACGGCCUACCCCAAACUGCUUAGCAGCAACAACAGACACCUGUAGUUGGAGGCAUCAAACACGCACACAAGCAUAGAUUUAUGAAUAAGACUAUGCACACACACACACACACACACACACACACACACACACAUACACUGUUUUGGACUGGGCAUUUAACCAGGCCAGUUUGCUUCACAAUUAGGCCUACAUCACAUAACCUUUCGUUAGCUGACUGCACUGUGUAAUCUGCACAACAGGAACAUAAAUGGACACAUCUGAUACUCAGGGCAUGCAUGUGUAAGAUAUAAAACCAUGGACUUGUGUUGUAAAGUCUGGUGUUUUCCUACAAGUUGAAAAGUUAAGGUAAAGAACAUGUUUCAGAAGAAGAAAGAAAAUUUAACUCACUGUCUGAUGUCAACAGCAGUGACUCAUUGUAAUGGAAACUGCACAUGUCGUGCCUCAUUUAAAUAAACCAUUUAUAUAAUUUGUUUAUAAGCCAUGUCAUGAAGUCUAAAUUAAGCAUUCUGUAAAUAUGGCCCUUCCCAACAUGCACUGCCCAUCUGGACACCUGCUUGGCCAAUGAAAUUGAAAUAAUUAUUGUGCCUUGACAUAGGCACUUAUAAAACCCUACAUUUUAUAAGUGCCUAUGUCAAGGCACAAUAAUUAUUUCAAUACAAGUCAUUCUACCAUUUUCCAAAUGUGCUCAUGCAACGAGUAGCCCAUACUGUAAUAAAAUGUGCAUUACCGAGUCAAAUGUUGGUCAAUGUAUUAUUGCAUUCUCUAUAUGUGCAGUCAUGAACAGCCAGUUAUGAAUAGGCUAGCCAACUUAUGCAAUUGGUUAGUAUAUGCUACUAUUACAUUUUUCUGUAAUUUACCCUUUAAAGUAACUGUCCAGUGUUUCCUGAUUUCUAUUAAAUAUAACCUAUAAUUAAUUACAA